AAUUUUUCUUUCAUUAUGCAUAGGAGUAUUAUUGUUGAUUACAAUACGAAGCAAAGCCUUGGUGUAGAGAUGUAUCUGACUCCUGCCACUCUCUAUGCUCUCAGAUUAUCAUUGCAACAGGGGACCGUUUCGUCUGUAUUUCGUAGGAAUAUGGUCGAACGUAAUAUGACCAAAUCAGCGUAUAUCCUUGCAACUGUUGGCUUAUCUAUGAGUAUAUUUUCUGUGAGAAAAAUGUUAACCUCUAAACACGGACGUCAUUUGUAACAAUUUUUUGUUAAAAUCAGCAGCAACAAAUACAGUUCUAAAAAGAAAAGGAACGAAAAGAGAAUAGAUAAAAAAGAAAGAAGAAAAAAAAUAUUAGGAUUCAACAUAUCCGAAUCAUUAUUGGCAACGGAAAUUUUUCAUCGAAUUUUAGCAUCUUAUUCACGCCGAAAUGUAUACUUAUUUUAUAUUGGAAAUCAGUUGUCUUGUAUUAUUGAACUAAUCUUUUAUAAUCGAUCUAUUAUCGUCUUCUAAAUAUUAAACAUUUCCUAAUGUAGCAUAUUAAUUAUAGAAAACUUAUAUGCGAUUUCGCAUUUUAAUACGUACUUCAAAGCUUUAAAAAAAGAGUUAAAGUACUAGAAAAUAGAAAAAAAUUGUAUUAAGCGUGCAAUAAUAUAAUUUCGCUUAAGCGAUAAAUCGGCAAUUGUUUUAUAUUUUGAAGCUUUUUAUUUAUUUGAUCAAUGUCUCAUAUUUCGCAUAUUUCACAAAAAAUAUAUAUAUAUACAUAUAUAUAUAAAUGCGAUUUUGGACGGUAAUUUGUAAGAAUUCGAUUUAAAAAUGUUAUUUUCUAAAAUGCAAAACCAAUUUUUUGUCAAGAGAAUCUUACUGCAAUUGUUGCUGUUAUUAAGUCAUGAAUACUAAUAAUCAAGUUAUAUAAACGCAACAUUGUAUACGUGUAUAGAUUGUAUUCAUUAUAUCGUAGUCAAAUGAUACAAAAUUUUUGCUACACAAA